AUGGCAUCUCCCACUCUUCUUCCUCUGGAUUCUCUUCCUCCACACUACAGGCCUAUACCUCUUCACAAAGGCUUCCUCCUAACACGCCAAACCCUCGACUCGAGAAGCAAUUGCUCCCACCCUCCCAUUCUCAUUACCAACACUAACACUACCUGCUGGACUACACCCACCUUCACCAAAGCCAUCAUCCUCCUCAUCGACGCCCUCCGCUACGAUUUCACCAUCCCCAUCACCACCUCCUCCAACGAAACAUACCACAACGCCCUCACCAUCCUCCACACCACAGCCCUCCACACCCCCCACAAUGCCCUUCUCUACCCCUUCAUCGCUGAUCCUCCCACCACUACCCUCCAGCGUCUGAAAGCCCUCACGACCGGCACUCUGCCCACUUUCAUCGAAGCGGGGUCCAACUUCGCCGGAUCAGCAAUCACAGAGGAUAAUCUGAUAUCUCAGCUUCAUGACGCAGGGAAACGUCUCGUCGUGUUGGGCGAUGACACAUGGGUGAAACUAUUCCCGGGACAAUUUGAUACAGGGCUAUCACGCCCGUAUAGCUCGUUCCUGGUGGAGGAUUUACAUACUGUUGAUGAUGGGGUAUAUGGGCAUCUUCUACCUUUACUACGAAGUAGAGAUACAAAGGGAAACGAGGAGUGGGACGUGAUAAUCGCCCAUUUCCUAGGCGUCGAUCACGUCGGGCAUCGGUUUGGACCGGGGCAUCCGGAAAUGAGGGAUAAACUGGUCCAAAUGGAUGGGAUUAUUAGGGAAGUGAUAGGGGAAAUUGAUGACGAGACGCUGUUGGUUGUCAUGGGAGAUCACGGGAUGGAUGAGAAUGGGAAUCAUGGGGGUGAGACGGCGGAUGAGGUACGGGCUGCGCUGUGGAUGUAUACGACUAGGGAGGUUUGGGGGUUCGUUGAUGGUGAUGCUGCUGCUACUGGUGUCGUGGGGAGAGAUACGCCGCAGGUGGAUUUGGUGCCGACGUUGGCAUUGCUGAUGGGCGUGCCGGUGCCGUUUAAUAACCUGGGUCGGCCGAUUGAGGAGGUGUUUGCUGGGAGGGAGGGGAGGGAUUGGGGACGUUUGGUGGAGGUUAAUGCUUUGGUUGUGGCACAAAUCCAGAGGUUCACGAGGGAAUAUGAGAGGUAUGGAGGGGAGGAGGUGGUUGAGUGGGAUAAAUGGGAUGAGGUUGAUGUGGACUUUGGGGAUGAGCUGGCGUUGAGAGAGUACUAUCAGGUGUUGAGGAGAUAUCAAGAGAGGAUGCUAGAGGGGUAUAAGCGUAUAUGGGCUCAGUUUGAUCCGCUGAGGAUGAUUGAGGGCUUGGUGGUUCUACUGCUGGGGGUUGUGAGUACGCUAUGCUUUCAGGUGAGUGAAAGCUGGCCUGAUCUAGAGCAGAGGGCUGGGAUGGUAGCGGGAACCGUGACGGGGAUUGUUGCCGUGGCUGGUCAUGUUGUCUUGGCAGACACUGGUCGUGGUUCUGUCCUUGAUGGUGUGAUCCUGGGUGCUGCUCUGGGCAGUAUUGUGUGGAAUAUGUGGCAGACUGAUUUGAGUGUUGUGCAGUGCCUUCCGGGGGGAGUCUGGGGCUGGCAGUCUGUGAUGUUCACCCUACUUCUCGGCAUUGGAUUUGCCUCGAACUCUUACACCAUCUGGGAGGACCGUGUGGUGUUGCUCUUUCUGUCGACAUUCGGGCUAUGUACUCUUGGCACGUCAGACCGGAUACAUCAGGCAAACGGGAUACGUGAAACGGCUUUUUCAGUUAUUUUCACGCUGCUGAGCCGAGUCGCCUCUCUCAGCCGGGCUUGUCGUGAAGAGCAACUGCCAAUCUGCAGAACGUCAUUCUAUCGUCUGGAGAGCAGCUCGAUAUGGCAGCUAUCAAGCCCGGUCAUUACCGCUGUAGCCGUGGUAUACAUUACUCGAAUGGCUCUGCAAGACAACACGGCUAGAAACCUGUUUUGGUUCGGACUCGGCAUACCAAGUGCACUGCUGCUCAACACCGUCUUCAAUAUCCUAGAAACAGCAAGUAACAACGGCUGGCUGGUGGACUUCCUUAGCGACGGCACCUCCAAAACUGUGCGCAUGACUCUUGCACGAAUGGUGCUGGCCAUUGUCUUCAUCGGGUUAGCAACUGCGUUUACAACCACUCCAAGACAUAGGUCACUCGAACGGCCGCUCAUCUUCACAACAGCAGUGGUCCUCGCAGGCAUUCUCUCAAGCACCCCAGCAGGCGGAUUGUCCUUGGCAAUCCUUUACUACCAGCUCAUCAGUCUACGGUAUCUCGUCCCCAAUAACAGCUCCAUCAAACCCACCAUCGCAGCGCUCCUCGGAACUUUACACUUUUUCAGCACCGGUCACAACGCCACCUUAUCCAGCAUCCAAUGGAAGUCAGCCUACAUCCCAUUCCGGGAUACGCAGUAUCCCUGGUCACCAUUGCUGGUGAUCAUCAAUACAUUUGCCGCGCCAAUCGUUGCAGCAUGCGCCGUGCCUCUUCUUCAUUCGGGGGAAAAACAGAGCCAAGCACGCUUUCUGGCCAUUCAUAGCACUGUUUACACUGCCUGGGCUGCCUUUACAGCAUUAUGGGCGUGUAUCCUCCGCCGUCAUCUGAUGCUCUUUGCGAUAUUCUGUCCGAGAUUCCUGAUGGCUGGUGGGCUAUUGGUCAUUGUUGAUGUGCUUGCUUUGAUCAAUUCGGUAUUACUGGCUACUAAGCCUGGGAUCACACUCAGGGAGAAGACUCAUAUAAACAGCUCGAUUUAG